AUGUCACCAGUCGCAUCUCCAAUCGAGCAGAAUGGUUUGUCCACCGACGAAAUUCAGCUUCGCGCACAGGGCCAUGUCGGUGAACUACCGCGUCAAUUUGGGGCCUUUGCUACGCUCUCCCUCGCCUUUAGCAUCACAAACUCUUGGAUCGGUUACUCUGCAGUUUUCGCCUACCCAUUGUUCGCGGGAGGUGGCCCGACCGUUUUCUUUGGCCUUAUCGUCGCGACCAUAGCCUGCUGCUUCAUCACCGCCGGGCUGGCGGAACUAGCAUCAGCAUUUCCCUCAAGCGGUGGCCAAUAUCACUUCGCCUUUAUGGUCUCCUCGUCCGAGUAUCGAUCGGCUGUGGCAUUCACGGUCGGCUGGCUGAGUGUCAUCGCUUGGUGUUUGACAGCCGCUUCGGCGGCCAUUUUCUGUGCACAGGUCGUCACGAACAUCGCUUCUUUUCUCCAUCCCGAAUACGUAUGGACACAGUGGCAGGUGUAUCUUAUCUACGUCCUCCUCUGCAUUGUUGCUGUCGUUAUUGUCGUUUGGCUGCCUCGCCAGAUUCCCAAAUUGGAAGUCGUCUUCUUUCUUUCGUCCAUAGUUGGAUUUGUCGUCUUCACCAUCACCGUCUUGUCAAGAAGCAAGCAGAAGCAGAGCAGUUCCAAAGUAUUCACCGAUUGGUAUAAUCAGACUGGAUGGGGCGACGGCACAGCUUUUCUACUGGCUGUAGGAACCUGCAUGUACACCUAUCUGGCAGUGGAUUCAGUUACGCACGUGGCGGAAGAAAUGCCCAAUCCAGGGAAAAGGGUUCCUCAAGCGAUGUGCUUGACCAUGCUUAUUGGAAUGAUCACCGCCUUCACAUGGACCAUCGCCUUUAUGUUCUCCUCCAGUGAUUUGGAUGAAGUGUCCGUGUCAGCCUUGCCAAUAUUGACGGUCUACCAUCAAGCCUUGGGAUCUGAAGCCGGCGCAGCAUUUUUCGCUGCCUGGCUCCUGUUUGCCUAUUACGGCGCUACCAUCAGUUGCUUCGUCUCUGCCGGCCGCCAGACGUGGGCGUUUGCAAGAGACAACGGAUUGCCUUACAGCAAAAUCUUCGCAGAAACGCAUCCGAACUUACAGGUGCCUGCAAAUGCGACCUACGCUACGCUUGUCUUCUGCAUCCUCUACGGGCUUAUCUAUAUCGGAUCCACCACUGCAUUCAACAGUUUCAUCAGCCUGUCCAUCUUGGGGCUGAACGUCACCUAUGCGAUUCCUCAGGCAGUGGUGCUGCUUCGUGGCCGCGACAAGUGUCUGCCAAACCGCCAAUUUGACCUAGGACCCAUCUUCGGGCCGUUCUGCAAUGCCUUUUCUGUACUCUGGAUGACUCUUUUCGCAGUCUUGUUCUGCUUCCCCGUAUUUUUACCUGUCACGGCGCAAAAUAUGAACUACCUGAGUGUUGUGCUCGUUGGCGUCUGCUUGGUCAUUCUUGCCCUCUGGUGGGGUGGGAAAAGAAAGUCCUUCACAGGGCCGCAUGUUGAUAUCGCGGGGUUGGAGGUGCUGUCUGCAGUCAAUACGUCCGAGCCCGAGACUGCAGAGAAACCCUUGUAA